AUGGCCUGCCCAUUUGAUGAGAACCCAGCGGAUCCAGGAACUCUCGCGGGGUGCCAACGUGAACUCAGAUCUAACCUGAAGAAGAAGUGUGAGUGUGUGUUUGAGGGGAUUGCUAAAGCAGGAAACCCAACACCUCUGAAUCAGAUCUACACAGAGCUGUACAUCACAGAGGGAGAGAGUGGAGAGCUCAAUGAGGAACAUGAGGUCAGACAGAUUGAAACAGCAUCCAGGAAACCAGCCAGACCAGAAACACCAAUCAAAUGCAAAGACAUCUUUAAAUCUUUACCUGGAAGAGAUCAACCAAUCAGGACAGUGAUGACAAAGGGAGUGGCAGGCAUUGGGAAAACAGUCUUAACACAGAAGUUCACUCUGGACUGGGCUGAACACAAAGCCAACCAGCAUGUCCACUUCACAUUUCCAUUCACUUUCAGAGAGCUGAAUCUGCUGAGAGGGAAAAAGUUGAGCUUGGUGGAACUUCUUCAUCACUUCUUCACUGAGACCAAAGAAGCAGGAAUCAGCAGGUUUGAGCAGUUCCAGGUUGUGUUGAUCUUUGACGGUCUGGAUGAGUGUCGACUUCCUCUGGACUUCAAGAACAACCAGAUCCUGACUGAUGUUACAGAGUCCACCUCAGUGGAGGUUCUGCUGACAAACCUCAUCAAGGGGAACCUGCUUCCCUUUGCUCGUGUCUGGAUAACCACACGACCCGCAGCGGCCAAUCAGAUCCCUCCUGAGUGCGUUGGCAUGGUGACAGAGGUGAGAGGCUUCACUGACCCACAGAAGGAGGAAUACUUCAGGAAGAGAUUCAGAGAUGGGAAGCAGGCCAGCAGAAUCAUCUCCCACAUCAAGACGUCCCGAAGCCUCCACAUCAUGUGCCACAUCCCAGUCUUCUGCUGGAUCACUGCUACAGUUCUGGAGGACGUGUUGAAAACCAGUGAGGAAGGAGACCUGCCCAGGACCCUGACUGAGCUGUACAUCCACUUCCUGGUGGUUCAGUCCAAAGUGCAGCACGUCAAAUAUCAUGGGAGAGAUGGGACAGAUCCAGUCUGGACUCAAGAGACCAGGGAGAUGAUCCUGUCUCUGGGAAAACUGGCUUUUGAGGAGCUGGAGAAAGGCAACCUGAUCUUCUAUGAAACAGACCUGGCAGAGUGUGGCAUUGAUAUCACAGCAGCCUCAGUGUACUCAGGAGUGUUCACACAGAUCUUUAAAGAGGAGCGUGGGCUGUACCAGGACAAGGUUUUCUGCUUUGUCCAUCUGAGCGUUCAGGAGUUUCUGGCUGCUCUUUAUGUCUUUGUGACAUUCAUCAACUCUGGAGUCAAUCUGCUGUCAGAAGGACAAUCAGCCUCCCAACUAAAACACCUCUACCAGAGUGCUGUGGACAAGGCCUUACAGAGUCCAAAUGGACACCUGGACUUGUUCCUGCGCUUCCUCCUGGGUCUUUCACUGCAGACCAAUCAGACUCUCCUACGAGGCCUGCUGACUCAGACAGGAAGUAGCUCACAGACCAAUCAGGAAACAGUCCUUUUCAUCAAGGAGAAGAUCAGGGACAGUCCCUCUCCAGAGAGAAGCAUCAACCUGUUCCACUGUCUGAAUGAGUUGAAUGACCAUUCUCUAGUGGAGGAGAUCCAACAGUACCUGAGUUCAGGAAGUCUCUCCACAGUCAAACUGUCCCCUGCUCAGUGGUCAGCUCUGGUCUUCAUCUUACUGUCAUCAGAAGAAGAUCUGGAGGUGUUUGACCUGAAGAAAUACUCUGCUUCAGACGAGGCUCCUCUGGGGCUGCUGCCACUGGUCAAAGCCUCCAAGAAAUCUGUGCUGAGUGCAUGUAAUCUGUCAGAGAGAAGCUGUGCAGCUCUGGCCUCAGUUCUCAGCUCCCAGUCCUCUAGUCUGAGAGAGCUGGACCUGAGUAACAACCAGCUGCAGGAUUCAGGAGUGAAGCUGCUCUCUGCUGGACUGGAGAGUCCACACUGCAGACUGGAGACUCUCAGGCUGUCAGGCUGUCUGCUCACACAGGAAGGCUGUGCUUCUCUGGCCUCAGCUCUGAGCUCCAACCCCUCCCAUCUGAGAGAGCUGGACCUGAGCUACAAUCAUCCAGGAGACUCAGGAGUGAAGCUGCUCUCUGCUGGACUGGAGGAUCCAACCUGGAGACUGGAGGCUCUCAGGGUGGACCAUGGUGGAGAGCAGUGGUUGAAACCAGGUCUGAGGAAGUAUUCCUGUGAACUCCAACUGGACAUAAACACAACUCACAGAAACCUCGUCCUGUCUGAGGACAACAGGAAGGUGACAGCAGUGACAGAGGAGCAGCCAUAUCCUGAUCACCCAGAGAGGUUUGACCGCUGGCAACAGGUCCUGUGUAGAGAUGGUCUGACUGGUCGCUGCUACUGGGAGGUCGAGUGGGAGGGAACAGUUUAUAUAGCAGUGACUUACAGAGGAAUCAACAGGAAAGGAAACAGUGAUGACUGUGGGCUUGGCAGGAAUGACAAGUCCUGGAGUCUGGCCUGCUCUGAUGGUGGUUUCUUUGCCAGACACAAUAACAGACAGGCAGCCAUUCCUGCCCCCCCCUCCCCCUCUAACAGAGUGGCAGUGUAUCUGGACUGGCCUGCUGGCUCUCUGUCCUUCUACAGCGUCUCCUCUGACACACUGAUCCACCUCCACACCUUCAACAACACCUUCACUGAGCCUCUGUACUUUGGGUUUGACCUCUGGGAACAUGACUCCUCAGUGUCUCUGUGUGACUUUGAGGAGUGAGAGUUAUGUCCUGUGUGGAGAAACACUCACUCACACACACACACACACACACACACACUAAAGAUGGGGAUUUGAGUGUGGGACUUGGACUGAAAUUGCACACACGGUCACUUGAGACUUGAGAUUUUAGGUUCUGAAGACCUUAAUUCAGGAGACCAGGCAGGCCUUGGGGGUUUGAAGUGCGGGGCGAGUCGGGUGCAAUGCAGGGCCGCAUUCUCCUGGAGUGCCUUUUCUUUCCUUUCUUCCUUUCCGCACCGCCAUUCCUCUAAUUUUCCACGGAUUUGGGGGAUUAAUCUAUUAACCUGAUCAAUUCGAUCACCUCUAACCUUUUCUUCCACCUCCUCUCCUCCACAGACACACACGCGAGUCGCGACACCCCAGCGCUGGCUCGUUAUCCACCAAAGCUGUCUUGUACCGUUAGUGCAGAGUGAUUGACAAGUGACAGUGACAGCUGCAACAGCAUGAGGAAAUGGGUGGGACAUACCCACGUGGACCAAAUUUGAUUGGCUGUCAGCAUAGGCAGUGAUACGUACAGCCUAUGAUAGGUACAGCCUAUCACAACAAUAGCUGCCCGACCCAGCACCCCACCACCAAUUCCUUGUGUACAACAACGCUGUUGGCCAUUGCACUAGACUUUUUCCCCUUUCUUUUUCUUUUUCUUUUUCUUUUGCUUCUUCUUUGUCUCGUGGCCCAGCCCACCAGCCCACCGGGGGAAAUACUCGGUUUCCCCGUCCACCCUUGGCCACAGCCAGUAGACAAAGAGCUUUUUCAAACAGAAAGAAAAGAGAA